AUGUCAUUGGCUAUCAUGUUGUGUUAUAUGAUUAGUGAGUUGUCAGCCGUUGGUAGUAUAUUGUUAGAAUUGGGAAAUUUUGAUCCUAAACUUUCAAUUAUUACGAUCGCAGUUGUGACUUGCCUUUACACAACAUAUGGAGGACUUCGAGUUUCAAUAUUUACAGAUUUUAUACAAGGAUCAGUAAUUAUUAUCUUGAUUAUAAUCUCAACAAUUGGUUUUGGCACAUCAGUGAAAAUUGAUCAAGAGUUGAAGGACAGUAGUGAUUUGCUCAAGUCAAAUUCUUUGGGUUGGCAAUUACUUUACAUCAUGCCUGUUGCUGUUUCUUUUGCCAAUUUAUUUCAUCAGGGAUUUUGGCAAAGGACCUUCUCAUCCAAGAAUGAUAAAGAAUUAAAAUUAUCAGUUUUGUAUGGUAGUCUAAUCUUAUUUCCAGUAUUGAUCAUGAUCGGAUUCACUGGGAUACUGGCAUGUUUUGCCUGA